AUGGCAAAAUGCUGUAUUUCAGGGGAAAAAUUCGUCAACUUUGUGUUCAGCCCUUGCAUUGGUUUGCUUGUUAGCCCUGAUGUCAAUGAACUAUGUCUACGAGAUAAUUUGACAUUUGAGGAGUUAUUAAGGCCAUUCAGCCAACUCUCUAGAGAUGUAACGCUCCGAGAUAAUAACAAUGUCGUUCAUUCUGUGAAAAACCUACAACUGAAGUUUUUUGAUAUCAGUUCAAGUCCUGUACCUAAACACGUAAAACAGUCUUGGCUGAGAUACUUUGUUAACGUUUGUUCUACUGAUAAUACUGUUAGGUCCCAAAAGUUUUGUGAUGGGAGUCGAUCUGUGGUCGUUCCAGUAUCUCUUCCAUGGUUUGAAGCAUGGCGUUAUUUAUUCAUCACUAAUUUACAACCAUUUGAACAUGAAUUUAUUAAUCAUCAUUUAGCUUGUAUAUUUGUUCUAACCACUGCACAUCCAGAUCCAAUUCGUGGUUUCACUGAUUUGACACAAAGUCAAUCUAAUCAACAACAUCAUCAACCAGGCAGUUAUCCAUUAUGGUUUACAGAGAAUGUAUUAAGAUUCUAUGUACUGCUACAUGAUGGUUCAUCAAAAACUAUCACACAAAAUUGUGUUGAUGAAAUAUUCAAUCAAGUGAAAACAACAUUUGGUGCAGCCAAUUGUCAUUUGUUAACCAUUUUCACUGCAUCAACAUCAACAUCAUCGUCAUCAUCGUUAACACCGUCAUCACCGUCAGGCAGUGAAUUAUUCAUCAGUAAUAAUGGUUGCGCAUCAAUAUUAUUUUCCAAUCAUCAUUAUCAAGUUAAUGGCAUCAUCAAUCAAUCCAAUAUAUCAUCACCUACCAUGGAGCAGAAAGAACCACAAUCGGAUCCAUGGUUGCAUCAUUUAUUACCACAUGGUUAUAAACCUCAAUUAGAUCAGAAAUUAUUUCCACCUAGAGAGGAUGAUGAUCAUGAUGAUAAUAUAUCACCGAGAGUAGAGUGUGUUGUUAAUCCGAUGAAAAAUUGUAAUAUUGAUCCAUUGAAAGUUGGCGAUUCAAAGGAAGGAGUGUGUAGUCAAAUAUUUGAUCCCAGCAAAACCUCACUUCAUGAUACAUCUUGUUUACCGGCUACAAGUGUUCAUCAUUCUCAAUCACCAAUGUAUCCAUUCUUACCUUAUCGGUAUAGUCAACCACAUGGACAACAUUUAACACAAGCUGAUCGAGAUCGUAUACACAUGUUUGUGUAUGAUUUUAGUGUACGAGCUCUUCUACCUUGGGUAGAGAAAACUAUGCGUAGUUUAAAUGAUCAGAUUGCGCAUCGAAUGCGUCUUUCACGUUCAUUCUUUAGUGCAACAAAAAAAUUUUUCACUCAAGCUGUUGGCGGCGGUGGUGGUGGAGGCGGAGGAGCAGGAGCAGUGGGUACCGGUGGAAUCAACACUACUACUACUAUUUCCACAGUUAGUAGUAAUAAUACAACUACAAAUAAUUUGACCACUUCUAAGAUUUAUCCUAAUCAAUCACUCUCAUCACUGCCACCUAAUGAAAUCUCAACUAACUCUACUAUAUCUAAUGCCUGUGAUCCAGUCAAUCCCACCAACGUUAUUGUCAAUCAUUCAAAAGAUGAAUUAUCGUCUCCUCCUCCUAAUAGUAGUAGUAUUAGUAGUAGUAUAUUAACUCCUCAUCAGAAUAAUACAGCUACAAUUAAUCAUCAUCAGCAUCAUCAUUCCACUAUUGUGUAUAGUUAUGAUUCACCGGAAUCACAAAUGCGUCGUUUAGCUGAUUUAGCAUUUCUAUUUCAACAAUAUGAAGUAGCUUAUCAAACGUACAAUGUAUUAAAACGUGAUUUUCAAAAUGAUUCCUCUUGGUUACAUUAUGCUGGAGCUCAGGAAAUGUCUGCCUUAUCUGUUUAUCUUCAAGGUGGAACAAGUCAACGUCAAUAUCCAUAUCAUUUUAUGGAUUCCGCUGUAACUACUUACCUUCAAUCCCAUUUAUCACUAGAACUUGCUUUACGAUCGACUCUGUUAAAUUUCGAAGCAUUAUGUAGUCGUGGCCUGUAUAAUGAAGCUGCUAUGGCAUUGAUUCGUUUAACUUCCGAUGAAGAUGAUUUAAUCAGCGGCUUGCUUAUUGAACAAAUUGCCUAUUGUGUUCUAUCUUUGAAACGUCCAAUGUUAAGAAAAUUUGCAUUUCGUAUGGCUUUGGCAGCGCAUCGAUACAGUCGAGCUAAACAGCCAUAUUUGGCAAUACGUAGUUAUAAAUUAGCUAUGCCAAUUGUAAUGGGUCAUGGAUGGAGUCUGUUAGAGGAUCAUAUUAAUUUCAGUGUUGGUAAACAGGCGUACCUGAUUGGUGAUUUAACUGCAUCUAGUAAAACUUUAGCUGAAACAUUGAAUUCAUCUAGUCGACAAUCGGCAGAACGUCAAUUAUUAUUUGUGAAAGAAUAUUUAUCUGUAUUGACAAAUUUAUUGUUGUUAUCAUCAUCAUCAUCCAAUAAAUGUGACACUGUUUCAUUGAAACAACAAUCUCUACCAGAAUUCCCUUUACCAAUUAUAGAUUUGCGUCAUUUUAAAAUUAUGAUUGGUAAACCAUCACAACAAGAAGCUGAUUUAUUCAUUGAAGCUCGAGGUGUACAGUUUUCAGAUACAGAAGAUGAUGAUGAGGAUAUUGAUGAUCAAUCCCAAGGUACUACUACUACUACAGACCGAGAUACUGCUACAGAUCAUUUAUUCGAUAAUGUAGAAUUUCAACAGUACACUAAACAAUAUCAAAAUUGGAUUGAAGCGACAGAUAUUAGCAGUAGUGAUAGUGAUAUUAGCAAUGAUGAACAAGAAGAAGAAGAUAAUAAUAAUAACGAUAACCAUCGGAUUGAUACUCGUCGUAGUCAUGAAAAUUGCCAUACUUCUCAACUCCUCCAAAAUGUGAAUUGGAAAAAAAUCACAUCACCACACAGUAUGGUAUAUCAACGAUUAGAAUAUAUAUUGAUGCAAACAACACCAUUGCCAAUGCAUUCAUCAUGUGAUUUGUUUAAACGUGAAAAAAUUAUUUAUACAUCUCGUACAAAAUGUAAACAAAUGCUGCCGACAUUUCCACUUGGUGAAUACUUGACGCUACAAAUAACUUUGAUCAAUCCUAUGCGUAUCCCAUUAGUAUUUACGAAUGUUCACUUGUUAUGGCUAUUUCAAUUGUUGGCCAAUACUGAUCCACAUCAUCAUCAUCAUCAUCAAUCGUCAACCACUGGUUGUUGUUGUUGUUGUAUAACAAAUGAAAUGCCAAUACAUGCCAUUCAUUCCCACCAAUAUGAACAACAACAAAAGCUCAAUAAUGAGUAUAUUUCUAGUCAAAUUAUCAGUGAAUUAAUAAUGUUACCGGGAGAAAGAAAAAUUCUUCAACUUAGUUUAAUUGCUAAACAAUUAGGUGAGAUAACUAUCACUGGUUUAGGCUUUGAAUGGAAUUAUUUACCAACUCAUCAAAAUCAUGCUGAAACUCAUCCACAUCAUUAUCCAGUUGUGAAUGCAUCAUCUUUCAUUAUUGAUCCUACUAUGCCAAACAAUAUGUACAUGAAUAGUAGUCGUGAUGAUAUUGAUGAUGGUAAACAUUUGCCAACAAUGGAUACUUCUCUCUCGUCACCACCUCCAUUAUCUGCUACUAGUACUAUGACUACAACUGCAACUACAGCUACUACUACUGCCGCUGCUCGUACCACCACCAUGAUGAUGAAUGAUAGCUAUGUUGUCAAUGCUAUUGGUGAACGACGUCAUUCUGUGAAAGGUAAAAUUUUAUUUCAAACGAAACAAUCAUCAAUCUCCAAUAAAAUAAUUGAUCAUUCUACGCCGAGAUUACCAUUGCAAUGGUCUGUCACACAACCAGCUCCUUCGUUAAGAGUAUUUUUCAGUUCAUUUCCAAGUCAACUUUAUAAAGGUCAACUAUGUUGCAUACAAAUUUCAUUGACAAAUAAUGGUUUAAUCCCACUGACUAAUUUACGUAUUGCAUCAAAUUGGCCAGGUUUAUUUGCCUUUGGUUCGAUCCCGUGUGAUCAUCUGUCAUCGCAACAACAACCGAUUCAACAACUAUCAAUUCAACCAUUAAAACUAUGGAUUGAUGUACCUUGCAAUCAACCCUCAUUAAAUAAUAAUCACGAUCAUACCGCUAAACAAUCGAAUAUACUUAUGCCUGGUACAACUAUUACACAAAAACUAUGGUUACGUGGUCCAUAUCUAACAACUUAUUCAUCUCAUUAUCGUAAACGACAUCCUAAUCGUUAUGCUCAGUUGAAUUCAACAACAACAUCAUCCUCACUUCAUCAGAAUUUCGACGGUGGUGGUGGUGGUUACUCCUCUUCCUCUUCUACCUCCCUCUCCUCCUUUUCAUCAAUUAUCAACCCUACACUUCCUGUCGUCAUUCCUAUUAUCAAUAAUUCCAAUACUGAGGUGUUGUCGUCGCAUUUACAACAAAAAACUGUACAUAUUGUCUUUCAAUAUGAAUCGGUUAAUAAUAAUAACACCAAAGUGCCAAUUGAACCACAACCACAACAGCAGAAACCAACAUUUUCUGGUUGUCGUUAUGUUCGACAUCGUUCUGAACUGGAACUCAAGCCGUCAUUGAAUUUUGAAGCUGUUGCUAAUUGUUUAAAUAUGACCGGUAUCAAUGAUGUGUUAAUUAGUGUACAAAUUAAAAAUGUUGUCAAUGCAAAUAUCCCUUUAAUGUUUCAAAUUUUACAAAUUGCAUGUAUCAGUCAACAUUGGUGUAUCAAACCGAUUGAAUCAGUUCAUAAUAAUAAUAUUGAUAUUGUUCCAAGUAUACAUGUCGGUGAAAUGAUCACAAUUUAUUUGAAAGCUAAUUUAAUCAAAACUAAUUUGAACACUGCUGAAACAGACCAUAGUCAUGUUGAACAACAACAACAAUUGAAUGAAGACAAGACUUCUACUGCUGCUGUACAGAAUAAAUUUCUUUCAGUGAUACAUUUCAAUUAUCAAUCGAUGAAGAAUGCCGAUUCUUCACAAUCCGCCGCCGCCAACAACAACAAUACCAGUGAUACUGAUGAUAAAAUGAUGAUGAGGAUGAUUUCGUCAAGUCAAUUAGAAUUCUUUUAUCGAUCCGGUAUUCAUUGGUAUCAUUCGAAUAAUAAUAACUCAAGUAAAUCUUUCAAUGAAGCUUUACCUUUGGAUAUCAAUUUGAUUAUAACAUGGAAGGCUUUGACCGAAACUACACCGACUACUACUAAUCUUCAACAACCAAUUUGGGGCCAAAGUCAUUUACGAAUUAAUCAGCUCAAUUAUCCAAUACAAAUGCCAUAUACCUUCGAUCGUAAUUACAAUAUUCUGGAUAAAUUAACAUCAUCAUCGUCAUCGUCAUCAUCAUUAUCAUGUAAAAGAACAUUGAAAAAGUCUAAACAUAAAAUAAACUUUCUCUCAAAUAAAAACACCAAUUCAAUCAUUAUCAUCAAUGAAACAAUUGAUUUAUCGAAUUUAAUUCGAUUUCGUUUGAAUUAUCCAAAACAUGUGAAUUAUUUGAAAAAUUAUAAAAUUAUUAAUAAUAAUCAUGAUAUGUUGUUGAAAGAUAUUGGUUCGUUGAAUCGGUCUCAUGAUGAUGCUGAGUCAUUAUUCAAUCUUAUUGAUCAUACUCGUCAAUUAUCAUGUGAAACAUUGAAAAAACGUCUUAUUCCAAUCACUGUACAAGCUGAAUUCUACAACAGUUCCAAAUGGUCUCUUCUGGUCCAAUUAGAAUGUUUGAAUCAAAAAUGCAGAAAAAUCACUAAUACUGACUAUGAACAUAAAUCAAUAUCCGAUCCAAUGUCCACAUCAUCAACAAGCCCGACAAGUCAUCCACAACAACAAAUCAAUCCAUUUCGAGUGUACAAUUUCUCAUCAUCAUCAUCACAGAUGGAAUCAAUUUCUCAUGAUACUACUACCACAUUGCAUAUUCCAUCUUUAAUAUGGAUUGGUUUAACUAAACAAACAUUUCACUUAUCACCAUAUCAAAUGAAAUAUGUCACAUUGAAAGCAUUAGUACCACAACCUGGAAUUUAUAAUCUAUGCAAUGCAUGGAAUAUUAAAGCAACUCCCUUACCAUCCUCGUCGUGUCAUUCACAUUCCCAAGUGACUACAAUCAAUGCAACCACAACAACAACAUCAUAUCUUGUUGAAAAUCAGAAUAGAUCAUCUUUGAUUAUUGUUGAAUAGUAGUAGCAGUACUAGUAGUAGUAGUACUAGUAGUAAUGUACAUGUUUGUAGGUAUGUCUGUAUUUUACAACUGCACACAGGAGACACACACACAUACG